AUAUAAUUUUAUAUGAAACCCGAAAACUUUUCUCUUAUCCGUCGUUGAUGAACUUGGCGCGAUAUUCCCUUCACAAGCACCUCAGAAAAGAAAGGCAUGGUUGUGCUUGUACCUCUUCCCCCAUCUCCUGAUUCCCUCUCUUUCUACCAUUCUCUUCACACUCACACAGCCCUUUUGCCCCUCUCCAAAUCCACGAGGUCCACUCUCUACUUUCACUCUCGGAUUGUUCAAGCUAAAGCCCCUUUCUUCGCCGACUCGGAUUGGUUCCAAGUGGGUCGACCCAUUGGCACCUAUGGCUUCAUCAACGUCACCAGUUACUCGGCCUUUCUGUCGGGGCCAGCCACUGAUUAUUCACUUGAAGACUUGGGAGGACUGAAAACUCAAGAUGUUGGAGAAGGCAAUGUAAAGAUAAGGCUUUAUGAAGGGAGAGUUUCUCGGGGUCCACUCACAGGAACUCCUGUUACUUUUAAGGUUUAUCCUGGAAAACGAGCUGGUGGAGAUGUAGCUGAUGCACUAGCUGCAAAUGAGUUGAAUACACACUUGUUUCUUCAGGGCAGUUCUAAAGGUAUUGGUCAGCAUGUUGUGUUACUUGUAGGUGGGUUUGAGACAACGACCGGUGAGCAGUGGCUUGCAUUUCGUGAUCAUGGGAAAUAUAGUGCGGCAGACUAUGCAAAAAUAGCAAGUGAGAGGGUAUCAAGAGAUCGAGCUUUGGGAGAACUGCCAUCUUGGAAUCGCUUUGAACAAGGACAAACAAUCAAAAGAAGACAAUAUUUUAUUAUAAAGCUGCUUCAAGGUGUCAUGAGAGGUCUAGUUUACUUGCAUGAACACGACAGAUUGCACCAGAGUCUAGGACCAUUUUCUGUGGUUCUCAACACAAUUUCAGAAAGAGAAGCUCCUUAUUUGAUUCCAAGACUUCGGGAUCUAGCCUUUUCUGUUAAUGUCAGGUACACAGAACUAGAGGAUUCAGGACAACUUGCAGAUGGGCUUUGGAGACGAGCGACAGGUGCUGGCGCAUUCACACAUAUGGAGAAAAGAGCUUUUGGAAUAGCUGAUGACAUAUACGAAGCAGGUCUUCUUUUUGCAUACUUGGCUUUUGUUCCAUUCUGUGAAGCUGCUGUAAUGGAUGGGCUUUCUUUGCAAAGGCUUUUGGAGAACACUUUCCAACUUGAUCUUGAAGCAGUACGAGAGUAUUGUAUAGCAGAUGACAAAUUAAUAAGUGCUGUUGAGUUCCUGGAUCUAGGCGGUGGUGCUGGUUGGGAGUUACUUCAGGCAAUGCUUAAUGCUGACUUUCGAAAGAGACCAGCUGCAGAGGCUGUUCUCAAGCAUCGGUUUAUGACUGGGGCAGUCCUUUGAAUUUCAAGAUCAAAGAACCUGUUGGGGUAUUUGGCUCUAUAAAUAUUAAAUAGUUCUUUAAUGUAAAUAUUUGAGACUUUUUUAUUAUCAUAUAAUAUUGACUUUUCUCAUUGAGACUGAGAAUUGAUAUUUGAGUGGGAGGAGCACUCUAUCCUAGUGAAGUGUACAUACAUACUAAGCUAUAUGGUUGUAUUGUCGUACAUUAAAUUUGCUAUUCAAAGUCUGAUUAACUUAAGAAAUGAACUAAUUUGC